AUGAACCAUGCGGCGCCUGCAGAUGCCAAUUGCUCCGCCGUCUUUGCAGGGGAGGUCCUCCUGAUGCGUGCCAUAAAAAGCAUCAAUGCAGAAGAGGAGUGCCUCCACUCGUACUGCCCGCCUUCAGCCAGCUUCACGGUGCGGCGGGCGAUCUUGAGGCAGUGCUGCGUGCCGCACGUCGAUCAGGAGGUGUUGUUCCAGGAAGAGGCUGCAGCCGGAGGUUUCUAUGGUGAGCUACAGGGAAGCCUGUUGCUGGCCCGCGACAAGAUGAAGGUGGCCGCCAGUGCAGUGCACGAAGACGACAACCAAAAGGCGCACACAUUGUGGAAGGAGGUCUUGAGCCUUCGCGUGGACCAUCGCAGGUGUUCGGAGUCGACUGGGUGCGCUGCACCAGCAAUUGCAGAGUUUCUGCGGCUGCAACUGCGUGCCGCACGGUGCCUCGGUGACAUGCUUGCGGCUGCUGCAUCACAUGCUGAGCUUGCACGCGCUUUGCGGAGGGAGCAGCCCAAACAUGUGGAAGUCUUGGCUCACUGGCUCGGGCACCUCCGCGCGGGCGGAGAGGACGAGGCGGCUCUGGAGCAGGUUCAGGCGCUCAGCCGCUUCUGGCUGGGAAGCUCCGCCGGCCUUGCGGAAGCCUCUGAGUGGAUGGACUCCUGUGGCCUCGGGCCGCAUCUCCUCUGA